CUUCAGUUCACCGUUGUCGUCGGCAGGCAUUAUUAUUAUUUUAGUGCUCCGUGAUUAUUUUGUGUUUUCCUUAUGUAAAUGUGUCAAAUAAAUAUUUAAAAUGUUAAUUAUCUGUACAAUAUUAGUUAGUACAUUGUGUCUAACGAUUGCCGAUGCAGAAUAUUAUGACAGUUCGUAUUAUUCGCAAUACGAAUGCAACGUACCCCUGCUUGACAGAGCCGCUAUAACUGCAACAUCUGCGCUAAGAGAACGAGGAGCAGAAAAUGCACGUCUCAAUGGUAUGACUGCAUGGACGCCCGUUGAGAAUAAUUACUAUAAUUUUCUAACAUUUGAUUUGGGUGAGAAAAAAAUGAUCAAAAAAAUUGCUACACUUGGCAGAGCAAAUACGAAAGAAUGCGUUACCGAAUAUAUCAUUCAAUUUUCGGAUGAUAAUGAACAGUGGCGUUCCUAUGUGAAUCCUGACGGGGAGGUGCAGAUGUUCAAAGGUAAUAUCGAUUCAGACUCGAUAAAGUACAAUUCAUUCGAAGUACCAAUCAUUGCUCAAUGGGUACGCAUAAAUCCGACCAGAUGGCGAGAUCGAAUUUCUCUACGAACAGAACUGUACGGCUGUGAAUAUUUUUCCGAAAACUUAGCAUUCAAUGGUUCCAGUCUGGUAAGCUUAAGUCUACUCAGGGAUCCCAUUUCAUCGACACGCGAAUCCAUCAAAUUUCGCUUUAAGACAACUGUUGCCAAUGGUGUGAUGUUGUACUCUCGUGGUACGCAAGGUGAUUAUCUGGCUCUGCAACUGAAAGACAAUCGAAUGGUUUUGAAUAUUGACCUGGGAUCGAGAAUAAUGACAUCGUUGUCGGUGGGAAGUCUGCUGGACGACAAUGUUUGGCAUGAUGUGGUUAUAUCCAGAAAUCGACGUGACAUCAUAUUCUCUGUGGAUCGUGUUAUCGUUAAAGGACGGUUGAAAGCUGAAUUUAAUCGAUUGAAUUUGAAUCGGGCGCUGUACAUCGGUGGUGUUCCAAAUAUGCAAGAAGGAAUGGUUGUUCAGCAGAACUACUCCGGUUGCAUAGAGAAUCUAUUUCUGAACAGCAGUAAUGUCAUUCGUGACAUGAAGUAUGCCUAUGAAAUCGGUGAAUAUUUCAAUUACCAAAAAAUUCACGUUGGAUUCAAUUGCCCGGAUCCACCAAUCACACCCGUAACAUUUUUGACUCGCGGCUCCCAUGCUAAGCUGAAAGGCUACGAAGGUGUUCAUCAAAUGAACGUUUCAUUCUUCUUCCGAACGUACGAAGACCGUGGCAUUAUGUUCUAUCACGAUUUCACGUCACGUGGAUACGUUAAGCUUUACCUGGAGGAGGGCAAAAUCAAAGUCGAAAUUAAAACGGACGACAAUCCGCGUGCCAUUUUGGACAAUUAUGACGAGCAAUUCAACGAUGGCCGAUGGCAUUCGUUGGUGUUGACAAUAGCCAAAAACAGUUUGGUAUUGGACAUUGAUCAACGACCGAUGAGAACCACAAGACUUUUGUCCAUGACAACGGGUGGAGUUUAUUACAUUGCCGGUGGAAAGACUAAGGACGGAUUCGUUGGAUGCAUGCGAAUGAUAUCGAUUGAUGGAAACUAUCGAGUUCCGUCUGAUUGGAAGGACGACGAAUACUGCUGCAAAGACGAAAUCGUUUUCAAUUCGUGUCAUACUAUCGAUCGUUGCAAUCCUAAUCCCUGUAAACAUGGUGGCAUCUGUCGUCAAAAUUCGUUGGAAUUCUUCUGCGACUGUCAAAAUACCGGAUAUGCUGGGGCUGUUUGUCAUACAUCGCUAAAUCCUCUAUCCUGUCAAGCAUACAAGAAUGUACAGGCUGUCCGACAACGGGCAAGUAUUAAGAUCGAUGUUGACGGCAGUGGUCCGCUGGAUCCGUUCCCAGUUACAUGCGAAUUUUAUUCUGAUGGACGAAUUGUUACCGUUUUGAGCCACAGCAAAGAACACACAACUACCGUCGAUGGAUUCCAGGAACCGGGCUCAUUCGAACAAAACAUCAUUUACGAAGCCGAACUACCUCAAAUCGAAGCCUUACUGAAUCGUUCGCACAACUGUUGGCAACGACUCACUUAUCAAUGCCAAUCAUCCCGACUAUUCAAUUCACCAUCCGAUGAAACGCUGCCUUUCCGUCCGUUUUCUUGGUGGGUUUCCAGACACAAUCAACCGAUGGACUAUUGGGCUGGCGGUCUACCUGGUUCUCGUAAAUGCGAGUGUGGUAUUCAAGGAAGCUGUAUCGAUCCAACCAAAUGGUGCAAUUGUGACUCUAACACACUAGAUUGGCAAGAAGACAGCGGUGACAUUAGGGAAAAGGAAUAUCUACCUGUCAAAGCGGUUCGCUUCGGUGACACGGGUACACCGCUCGAUGAAAAACAAGGUCGAUACACACUGGGUGCGUUAAUGUGCGAAGGUGACGAUUUGUUCAACAAUGUCGUCACAUUCCGAGUUACGGACGCUACGCUAAAUCUUCCACCGUUCGAUAUGGGUCAUUCUGGCGACAUUUACUUCGAGUUCCGAACAACGGUCGAAAAUGCGGUUCUGUUCCACGCUAAAGGACCGACUGACUACAUAAAAUUGAGUAUAAUCAACGGCAAGAAGUUGCAAUUCCAGUAUCAGGCAGGCAGUGGUCCACUUGGUGUUAAUGUGGAGACCAGUUAUCACUUGAAUGACAACCAAUGGCAUUCGGUCAGUGUGGAAAGGAACAGAAAAGAAGCUCGGCUUGUGGUGGACGGAGCCCUGAAAGCCGAAGUCCGAGAACCACCAGGUCCAGUUCGUGCUUUGUAUUUAACUUCCGAGCUCGUUAUUGGAGCAACCAUUGAUUAUCGCGAUGGAUUUGUUGGGUGCAUCCGCGCCCUUUUGCUCAAUGGCAUUAUGGUUGAUUUGAAAUCGUACGCCACUCGCGGUCUGUAUGGAAUUUCACCAAACUGUAUUGGACGUUGCGAAUCGAAUCCUUGUUUGAAUAACGGAACCUGUUUCGAGAAGUACGACGGGUACAGUUGUGAUUGCCGUUGGAGUGCAUUUAAAGGACCGAUUUGUGCUGACGAAAUCGGCGUCAAUUUACGAUCCAGUUCGAUGAUCAAAUAUGACUUCUUGGGUUCGUGGCGUUCGACCAUUGCUGAGAGUAUUCGCGUUGGUUUUACCACAACUAAUCCGAAGGGAUUUUUGCUCGGAUUCUCGUCGAACAUUACCGGCGAAUAUUUGACAUUAAUGAUCUCAAAUUCAGGUCAUUUGCGCGCUGUCUUCGAUUUUGGUUUCGAGCGACAAGAAUUGAUUUUCCCGAACAAACAUUUCGGAUUGGGUCAGUAUCACGACGUUCACUUUUCACGCAAGAAUUCCGGUUCCACGGUGGUGCUGCGCGUGGACAACUACGAACCGGUCGAGUAUCAUUUCGAUAUCAAAGAUUCGGCGGACGCCCAGUUCAAUAACAUUCAGUACAUGUACAUCGGCAAAAAUGAGUCCAUGCUGGAUGGGUUUAUCGGUUGUGUGUCGCGUGUUGAAUUCGACGACAUUUAUCCGUUGAAGCUGCUCUUCCAAGAAAAUGGACCGGGAAAUGUGAAAUCGCUGGGAACUCAAUUGACCGAAGACUUUUGUGGUGUUGAACCGAUAACGCAUCCACCCAUUGAAAUCGAAACGAGACGACCGCCGAUCAUCGACGAAGACAAAUUGAGGAAAGCUUACAAUCAGGUCGAUUCAGCUUUAUUGGGAUCUAUUCUGGCAAUCAUUUUCUUGUUGCUGGUGAUCAUGGCCAUAUUAAUCGGAAGAUAUUUGUCGCGACACAAGGGUGAAUAUUUGACACAGGAAGACAAAGGUGCUGACGCAUGUGAUGAUCCAGACGAGGCCAUUGUAAAUUCAGCAACUGGUCAUCAAGUUACGAAACGAAAGGAAUGGUUCAUUUAAAUAGGGGGAGGAAAAGAAAAUGUUUUUUUUCUUGUUAGUCUGUAAACUUGUAGACGUAAGUUAUGUGUGAUAAGAUCGAAUGAAGAAUAUUUUUGUAAGUGACACGAAAAGCUGGGAGGGAAGACGAGACGAAUAAUGAGCGAGGAGAGAAAAUUUCUGAAAGAUUUUUGUCUGAGGAGUGUGACCGCUAAGUUGAUUCAAAAUUUUCGGUUUUUUUAUGUUUUUAUCUUGGAAGCUUCUUUGGUUUUUCGAAUUCAUUUUUUUUUUCAUUUCGAUUUUAAGACAACUCAAGAUCUUGAUUUUACCGUCCAUUUUGUUUAGUUUCUUUUUUAAUUUAAUUUAAUUUAAUUUUUUUAUCAGAAUUUACAUUUUGUUUGAUUUAAGAGCUCAGCGAAAAAGCGAAACACCAAGCAAUUUUUCGGAUUUUAGUUAAGUUAGAGCUGAAAGGCCGAUUUUGAACGAAGUAAAACUUAUAAGUAAGUAAGGCGAAAUCAAUUCACAAAAUUGAUUAUAAAACAUUUUUAUUUUGUAAAUAAACUGAAAAAAGGAAAUUUCUAAUCCAAUAACCUUACCGUAUAACCAACCUACAACGCCAUGUUGAUGAUCUAUCUGCAUUACUUAUGACCAUGAAUUUGUUCUGUCGAAUCAUUUUUCUGUUCAGCCUCCAUGUCCGUACAUUAACCUACAAGCAACUUAAAGCGCACCACGAGACAAUUAAAACAUGAAGUCGUUCACGCCUUUUGUUCCGGACGAGAUCUCUUACUUCAUUUGUUAUUGAACAUAUUUCUCUCUAAUAUUUCGAGGAGAGUUUGUCGUUGUCGGUAACAUUAAUUUAUGACUUACAGGCAGUUGCUGUUAGGUUAACCAACUAAUGACAGUAAAUUUACCAUUUUUUAUUACUUUUUAACUAGCGAUUCCGUAAUUCCAUGUUCACCAAAAGGUCUUUUUUAGUGUCAGUUUAGGUUAACCUUUCAUAAACAGCAGGUCGUCGGAUGUAGAUAACUUCGCCAAAAAUCAGCAAUGAAUAGCGAGAUGCUCGGCCAAAGGUAUAUGUUAAAGCCAGUGAAGUACAAGAUUGUGUUGUCUGAUGAAGUUAUAUUUAGAUCGAAGGAAGUAAUUGGUGAUGUACGCUUGCCGUUUACGAAAGGUUAACGUCCUCAUUCAUGGAUCCGAAUAAACUUUGCAUGUCUUCCAAACAUUAGACCUAUCACAGUGGUGCCACAGUGUUCCUUAAUUUGUUGGACCAAAUUUAAGACAGUAAUUUCAGGAAAAUUAAGCGAAAACCCACUCAAAAUUCGCUCAUUUAAGCGAUAAAUUAGCGGGUUUUUGUAAGUUUUCGCGAAACUCUUGUCUUAAGUUAUGCUCUGCUGACAUAAAUUCCGUUAUGUCAUUGGUUGCAAGCUUAGACAUGGAUUGAAAUAUGAUAGUCUUUUAAAGACACAUCGGGCGUUCUGUGACUUUAAUUUCUUUUGUUUUAAGUAUCACCCACAAAAUCUCACAUUCCAUUCAUGUUCCAUUGAUCAAUCUCAUCUGCAUUUUUUCCUUUUCAAAAAACAUUUGUUUGUGAAAUGAAAGUCGGGUCUAUCUUCUACUACUGUUACCAAUGACACUAAUAUCUGAUACUAAUUCCUGCCAAUAAAGAAAAUUUGCUGUAAAAAAACGGUUGUUUAUUGUUCAUACAUAGGAGCAAAGUGUUUGGUUCACACAGUCACCAGUGCCUUCGAACCCUAACAUCUUUUUUCUAUUCAAAAUGAUUUGCUGGCUGGUCAUAUGAGAGGGAAACAUUUUUAAUUUGUAUUUCUAUUGCUCACACAUUCAUAAAAUCGUAAAGUCAUUUGUGCGGAAGUUUGAAUGGAUUUUUCUUUAUUUAGGAAUUAAAGACAAAGACACAGUUAAGAUUAUGUAGAAAGAAUUUUUAAGAUUUUUUCGAUUUAUUAAAAACAAAAAAAAUUAAAAUUAUUGCAAAAUGACGCAAUUGAUGCAUAUUUUUCUUCACCACAUAGUCUUAGAGAAUUAGAAUAACAAAAAGAAUUAAAUUUUGAAAAUGAAAUUUCAAUCAAUAUCUACUUUUGAGAUUUGUUCAGCGAAAGAAAUUGAUUGUUUUGUUCUGGUAGAGACUAAGUUCAUUUUCUCGAAUUUGUACAAAAUAAAAUUUAGAUUUUUUUCACA